AUGUCAUCUGCAAUUUAUACUUUUACACCAAAAGAUAGUUUUGAGGAUUAUAUGCUUUUUGACUAUAAUAGUUUACUAGAACAAGAUGAAGUAAAUAAUAAUUUGGGUGAUAGUGAAUAUAGUGAUAGUAAAUAUAACAAUAAUGAAUAUAGUGAUCAUUAUAUUGAAGAUAAUAAAUAUAGAAAUAAGUAG